AUGGCGAGCGAGGGGGGGGCGCAGCCGCUGCGCUUCGGGCCCUGGCUGCUGCAGGCGGUGAGCAGCGGCGCGUACCGGGGCCUGCGCUGGCUCGACGGCGCCCGCACCGCUUUCCGCGUGCCCUGGAAGCACAACGCCCGGAAGGACGUCUCCAGCAGCGACCUGCAGAUCUUCAAGGACUGGGCCAAAGCCAGCGGCCGCUACCAGGUGGAGCGGGAGGACCCGGCCCGCUGGAAAACCAACUUCCGCUGCGCCCUGCGGAGCACCCGCAUGUUCGUGCUGCUGGAGGACUGCUCCAAGAGCGGCGAGGACCCCCACAAGGUCUACGGCAUCGCCGGCGAGGCGCAGCAGGCCGAGACCCGCCGGCCGGGCCCGGGCGCCCGCUGCUCCCCGCCGCCGCUCCUCCUCGCGGACGUCCCCGCGCCCGGGGCCGCCCCACGGCGCUGGCAGAGCCAGACGCAGCUGGAGCUCGACCUCCAAGACCUGUCGCUGGAAAACGUCGCCCCGGGUGGCUGCGGGGACGGGGCAGCAGGGGGGACGGGGCGCUUCGGUCCCUGUCCCCACGCAGCGGGGAUGAGCGUGAAAGCGGAGCGGGCAGGCGCGGAGCACGCCGCCCCCCUCGACACGCUGCAGUGGGUGAUGCAGCAGUGCGACCUCGGCCACCAGCCGCUGGCCUGGGCCACGGCACCAGGUAAGCUGCCACGCGGCGCCAGCGGCGCCCCGGGGACGAGCGGCCCCGCGCCCCGGCCCCCCUCACCUCCCACCGCCGCUCUCCCCGCAGGAGACGGCCCCUGCGGGGAGCAGGCGCUCAGCCUCGGCCCCACCGAGGGGACCGUCCUCCCGGCCCUUCACCGCUGGGCGACCCCAGCGCCCGCAGACGCCGCCGGGCUCCUGCAGGUGCAAAGUGUCGCGGGGCACAUGUUGCUGCCGCCGCCGCCGGUGAGGCCCCCAGGCCCCGACACUGUCCUCGCCGAGCUGGCACCCAGCGACGUGCUGCUCUAUGCCAAGAGCCCCCGGGAGGCAGCGGCGGCGCCCCAGGAUGCAGAGCUGAUGCUGCCAGCCACCCCCCGCUCAGCAGCUCCGGAGACUGCGCUGCUGCAGGGGAACGCAGGCAGCAUCCCUCCCAACCUGGACGUCAGCAUCUUCUACCGGGGGAAGCUCUUCCACCACGAGGAGGUGGGCAGCAGCCGGUGCCUGCUGGCAUACCAGACCACCGACCCCGCUGUCCCCCUGGACCUCACGUGGCUGGUGCAGUUCCCCAGCCCAGCCAGCCUGGCUGACCAGAAGCAACGCCACUUCACCGAGGAGCUGCUACAGAACACAGGGCUUCUGCUGGAGCAGCGUGACAACAAGAUCUAUGCCCAGCGCCUGAAGAAGUGCAAGGUCUUCUGGGCCCUGUCCAGGCAGCUGGAUGUCAGCAACCUCUCACCCAAACUGCUCUGCCGCAAUCAAGAGACUGAAAUCUUUGACUUCAAGGAGUUCUGCACGGAGCUAAGGGAUUUCCGAGACUACCGCCGGGAGCACUCACCUGACUUCACCAUCUUCCUCUGCUUCGGGCAGUGCUUCUCCAAGGCCAAGCCCAAGGAGUCCAUGCUCAUCCUGGUGAAGCUGGUGCCCAAGUUCUGCGAGUACUGGUACGAGCAGGUGCUGCAGGAGGGUGCCUCCUCCCUCAGCAGCGGCAGCCUGAGCCUGCAGCUCUCUGACUCCUUCAGCCUCUUUGAGCUCAUCGAGCAGUACAACAUGCAGCUGGACUGAGUGCCAGCAGGAGCCCCCGUGGGCUAGGCACCGACUUCGGUACUUCUGGAGAACGGGGGGCAAAUCACAGGCUCCACUUGGCGCUCGCCCUCCAUGCAGGCGGUUCCCUAGCUUUCUGUCCGCAGGAGCAUCAUGGCGAGACCCACGCUGGCUCACAGAGCCCCGAAUCGCCUGCACCCAUCUGCACUACACCCGGGGCCGCUCUCGCCACCAGCAAGGCAGGGCCAGACCCCUGGGACCAGCUCCCACCUGUGGCGAAGCUCCAGCCCGCACUGGACUCACCCGUGGCUGCUCGCCAUGCUCACAGUGACGUGACAGGCGAAGACGGACCCAUUUUACCAUUGCACAGCAAUAGGUGGGGGGAACAAGCUGCUGCCAAAUCGCCGCUUGGCUCCCAGAUGCGUGCUUCUGGCAGCGGCUGCCAAGGCGGGAUGAACGCCGAGAGGAGGAGCCCAUGUGGGCCAGGGGCCGUUCAAAUCCGCUCACGUCAGCAGCUGGUCCCAGAAGUGACCUAUCCUUUUUCCAAGGGCGAGCAGUCACGCACGGUUCUUGCCAGUCCUUCGACCAUCGGCGGGUACGGGGAGGAAGGAGACCCAUGCUGGGGAGAGGGAUGGGGACUGGUGCGGCAGAAGCACGUCUUCCUCAGGCUGGGGACUGACAGUGUCCCAUCAGGCUACGACAAGCAGGCAAAGUCCUGGCCUCGGUGAAGUCAGCCUGUGGCAGACUGUCAACUUUUGAUAUGCAUUUUUGCAUAGAAUAUAGUCAUUCACAGAGUUAUUUUCUUAAGUGUCAUGCAUUUAAAUAAAUAAAUAAAUAAAAUCAUAUAUAUAAACA